AGUGCAUCACUUUACAUUUGAGGACAUCUUGUCAAUAAAGAUCCAGAAAGAUAAAUAAGGAACCCUGAAGUGCAGCCACUGACUACUCCUGAUAGGAAAAGGCCUAACUGAGAUAUCAUCAUGUCAGGUGAAUAUGAAGGAGAAAAUGCCACCUUGCAAGAUUAUUAUUUAUCUUAUUAUGAUGGAAGCUUCAAUGAAUUCACUCCUUGCGACAACAUCGAUUUGAAGAAUUUUGGAAAGGUGUUUCUGCCCACUCUCUAUAGCUUGGUUUUCAUCCUCGGCUUCAUAGGCAAUGGCCUAGUGGUGUGUGUCCUGGUGAAGCAUCGCAACCAGACCAACUUGACAGACAUCUGCCUUUUCAACCUGGCUCUCUCCGACCUCCUCUUCGUCCUCACGCUGCCUUUCUACUCUCACUACUCUGUGGUCGGUCAAUGGACCUUCGGAGACUUUAUGUGCCAUUUUGCCUCUGGCUUCCACAACACCGGGUUCUUCAGCAGCAUAUUUUUCAUGGUUGUCAUGACGCUUGACCGCUACGUGGUCAUCAUGCACGCUCACAAGGUGGCACGAUAUCGCACCCUGAGGUUAGGCGUCGCUCUGACCGUGUUCGUCUGGAUGCUGAGUUUGUGCGUCUCUCUGCCGGCUAUCAUCUUCACAAAGGUGACAAAUGAGUCUCACGGGCUGGCCUGUAGAUUCUUCUCAGAAAACGAUGCCUGGAGACUUUAUAACAACUUUGCAAUGCAUGUAUUGGGUCUCGUGAUUCCCUUGUUGGUGAUGAUAGUUUGCUACUCCAGGAUCAUCCCUUUACUGGUGAAAAUGAGGACUGAAAAGAAGCACCGUGUAGUAAAACUAAUCAUCUUGAUUGUGAUCUCCUUUUUCUUAUUCUGGGCCCCGUAUAACAUUACCCUUUUCCUGGGGUUUCUGAAAUCUAAAGGUUUUUUGUCAAGCAACUGCAGUGUGGAAGCCAAUUUAAGGCUGUCAACCACAGUGACUGAGACAUUAGCUUACACUCACUGCUGCCUGAACCCCAUCAUAUACGCCUUUGUGGGACAAAAGUUCAUGAAACGAGCCUUACCGCUGCUGAAGAAAUGUGUGCCUGGGAUUCUCCUUCCUUCCACCAGAGAUUUGUCAGAUAGCACAUACAGGAAAAGCUCAGUUAUGUCCAGGUCCUCUGAUGUCACCUCCAAUUUCAUCAUGUAGCAGGUGUAGGACAGGCGUUUUCUUUUCCUGUUUCCACCUCUGACAGUGUCAUCAUCAGCAUUGUCUAAUAUUAAAAAGCUGCCUGUACAUCAACAUAUAAUGAUCUUUAAUCCUUUUUGAUUUUAUUUGCACUGAAAUAUUUAGUUUUGACCAUAAGAUGUCAGAGGUGUUUGCCCAUCAAGUGUGAUCUGAUGGGCAUCAUCAUCUUCGAUAUGAUCUCAGGUAUUUUCUCAACGCUGUCCUUUUCCCUGCUGAACAUUGACUGUAAACCAUGAACCUUUUGUUUUUAACGGCCUGUAACCACAACGUUUGUUUGUCUGUGCCUGACGUGUUUAAAACGAUCACACAUUCUUCUGUUUUGUUCAUGUUCAUGUUAUAAUGUUGUUGUAGUGGUUUAGUUUG